CGGAAGAGUCGCGGUCGCCAGCCGAGCGCCGGGAGUGGGGAGCGGAAGCGGCGGCGGGCGGCGCUGGGACCCGGGAGCGGCCGGAGAACAAGGGAGCUGGCGCCCCGGUCGGCGGCUGAGCGGGGCUGAGCAGCGGGCCGCGCCGAGCGCCGCCGCAGAGAGAGGCCCGGCCCCGCUGCCCGAGCAGGCCGCGCGCCGCGGGGCCGAGGCCGGAGCCAUGGGCGAGACCAAGAUCAUCUACCACCUGGACGGGCAGGAGACGCCGUACCUGGUGAAGCUGCCCCUGCCCGCCGAGCGCGUCACCUUGGCGGACUUUAAGGGCGUUCUGCAGCGGCCCAGCUAUAAGUUCUUCUUCAAGUCUAUGGACGACGAUUUUGGAGUGGUGAAGGAAGAGAUCUCGGACGACAAUGCCAAGCUGCCCUGCUUCAAUGGCCGGGUGGUGUCCUGGCUGGUAUCUGCUGAGGGCUCGCACCCAGAGCCAGCCCCAUUCUGUGCCGACAACCCAUCAGAGCUGCCACCUUCAAUGGAACGCACAGGAGGCAUCGGGGACUCUCGACCCCCAUCCUUUCACCCUCAUGCUAGUGGAGGCAGCCAGGAAAACCUGGACAAUGACACAGAGACCGACUCCUUGGUGUCUGCCCAGCGAGAGCGUCCCCGACGGAGGGAUGGCCCAGAGCACGCAGCCCGGCUCAAUGGAACUGCGAAGGGGGAGCGGCGGCGGGAGCCGGGUGGCUAUGACAGUUCAUCCACCCUUAUGAGCAGUGAGCUGGAGACUACCAGCUUCUUUGACUCAGAUGAGGACGACUCCACCAGCAGGUUCAGCAGCUCCACAGAACAGAGCAGUGCCUCGCGCCUGAUGAGGAGACACAAGCGGCGGCGGCGGAAGCAGAAGGUCUCUCGGAUUGAGAGGUCCUCGUCCUUCAGCAGCAUCACAGACUCCACUAUGUCGCUCAAUAUCAUCACAGUUACUCUCAACAUGGAAAAGUAUAACUUCUUGGGCAUCUCCAUUGUGGGCCAAAGCAACGAGCGAGGUGAUGGAGGCAUCUACAUUGGCUCCAUCAUGAAGGGUGGGGCCGUGGCAGCUGAUGGGCGCAUUGAACCAGGAGAUAUGCUGCUACAGGUGAAUGAGAUCAACUUUGAGAACAUGAGUAAUGACGAUGCCGUCCGAGUACUUCGGGAGAUCGUACACAAACCGGGGCCCAUCACUCUGACUGUAGCCAAGUGCUGGGACCCAAGUCCACGUGGCUGCUUCACAUUACCGCGGAGUGAGCCCAUCCGGCCCAUUGACCCUGCAGCCUGGGUCUCUCACACUGCAGCCAUGACAGGCACCUUCCCCGCCUAUGGCAUGAGCCCGUCUCUGAGUACCAUCACCUCCACCAGCUCCUCCAUCACCAGCUCCAUCCCUGACACAGAACGGUUAGAUGACUUCCACCUCUCCAUCCACAGUGACAUGGCGGCCAUUGUAAAGGCUAUGGCCUCUCCUGAAUCCGGGUUGGAGGUUCGAGACCGCAUGUGGCUCAAGAUUACCAUUCCCAAUGCUUUCAUUGGCUCAGAUGUGGUGGACUGGCUGUACCACAACGUGGAAGGAUUCACGGACCGGCGGGAGGCCCGCAAGUACGCCAGCAACCUGCUGAAAGCUGGCUUCAUCCGCCAUACCGUCAACAAAAUCACCUUCUCUGAACAGUGCUACUACAUCUUUGGUGACCUCUGUGGAAACAUGGCCAACCUGUCACUUCACGACCAUGAUGGCUCCAGUGGCGCCUCUGACCAGGACACACUGGCUCCUUUGCCGCACCCAGGGGCUGCCCCUUGGCCUAUGGCUUUCCCUUACCAGUACCCGCCACCUCCACAUCCCUAUAAUCCACACCCAGGCUUCCCAGAGCUGGGCUACAGCUAUGGCGGGGGCAGCGCCAGCAGUCAGCACAGUGAAGGCAGUCGAAGCAGUGGCUCCAACCGCAGUGGCAGUGACCGGCGCAAGGAGAAGGACCCAAAAGCUGGGGACUCCAAAUCAGGUGGUAGUGGCAGCGAGUCAGACCACACUACCCGCAGCAGCCUGAGGGGGCCACGGGAGCGGGCGCCAAGUGAGCGCUCAGGCCCAGCAGCGAGCGAGCACAGCCACCGCAGCCACCAUUCGCUGACGAGCAGCCUGCGCAGCCACCACACACACCCGAGCUACGGCCCGCCCGGAGUGCCCCCUCUGUACGGUCCCCCGAUGCUUAUGAUGACCCCACCGCCUGCAGCCAUGGGGCCCCCAGGAGCCCCUCCAGGCCGUGACCUGGCCUCGGUGCCCCCGGAACUGACGGCCAGCAGACAGUCCUUCCGCAUGGCAAUGGGAAACCCCACCAAGAAUUUCGGGCUCUUUGACUUUCUGUGAGUCCCCAGGAAAGGGAGGCCCAGCCUCCAAGGAGACCAGGAACUCUGCUUCAGCAGCCCCUCAGGGCUUCCAAAGGAUGUCCAGCCCCCACACCCACACUGCAAGGUCACUAGACUUCUGGGAAAGACCACAGCUUCACCCAAGCAUGACAGACCAUGUUCUUUCCAGAGAGCAGUAGAGAAGUUUUCUCCCCACCCCUCAGGCACACACACACACACACACACACACACACACACACACACACACAUCUAUGCAAGUUUACAUGAGCCUCAGGGCUGGUCCCUGCCCAGAGGGCUGGACCCUUUCUCCAAGUCAUCUCCUAGAUAGUGGGGCUGGUCCCUAACUGCCCUCUCCCCUGCCAGCAUUCCCUCAAGCCUUCCACACACAUUCUCAAUAUCUUGGUACUUGGAUAAAGCCCAAAAGCUGGGCUCAACCGAGGGCUGCCCAGGUAACUUGACAAAUGGUUCUCUACUUGGCUCCUGUCCCCACAUGUCCUUAUGCUGCCCUGCCUUCAUCUUCACCAUGAUACCUGGGGCGGAGGCAGGGAACACAGGCCAGUUGAAGUCCUACAAGAGGACUCAUGGGACUUCCAGACAGUUCCAGUUCUUUUUAGAAUUGUUUUCCACCUUAAAUCACAAUUUUCCUUUAAAACUCCACUACAAACUCUACUGACUUAUCCAGACUCAUAUUUUCAGGGCAAGGGUGUCGGAGCUGGGGAUGUAGCUCUGCAGUAGAGGCUUGCCUAGUGGGCCCUGGGGUUCAGUCCCCAGAAAAUGCCUCCCCCAUCAAGAUGUCCUUAGUGCAUGUUUGGGGGCAAACCGAGGUAGUGAUAUUUUGACAUUCAUUCGUUUUAACAAAUAUUCCUAGGAUUUUAAUGAGCAAAGGGCUGUGUUAGAAGCAUGACUCGGUCUUACUUGUCUUCAGUACUCUGAUUCUGCCAUAUUCUCCAGAACCCCACCACAGUGCUCAUGAAUUGGAUGCCAGUGUUCCAUGUCCUCAUCUUUGACUCACUUCUCUUUCUUUGCCAAAAUAGUGUCAUCCAUUCUCUUUUCAAUUGUUGUUGAUAUGCUGGCCAUUUCUAAAUACCAAUUUCCAACCCCAGCUUUCUCUGCUCUUCAGAUCUCUUCAUUAUCCACUGGACAUCUCCAUAUGUCCCUAGCACAGUAUUAUCCCUCUUGAAUCCCUGUCCUGGUGACUUUCAUCACAUAGGCCCACCAGCCAGGAACAUUUAUGGGCUUAAAUCCCUUCUUCCUACCUGGUAUUAGUCAGCAUAUCACACCCUUCUACUCUGACACUCUUUCUGAAGUUCAGCUGUUCCUCUCCCUUCUUAAUUUACAGAGCAUGGGAUUUGGAGUCAGGUUGGUUUGGGUUUGAAUUCCAGCUCUGCCAUUUUUGGUUGUGUAAUAGUUAUUUAACCUCUCUGGAGCCUCAGUCCUCCUGUAUGUAAAAUGAUGAUAAUAAUACCUACCUCACAGGGUUGUUGUGAGGAUUUAAAUUAGAUAUUGUACGAAAAGUGCCUAGCACAGUGCCUGGCACACAAUAGAGUAGGUGCUCAAUAAAUGGUAGCUAUUA